AUGUCAUCUUCUGCCCAUUUAAGCACCCCCUCGACUGUUUCCGACAUCUCCGAUGUGAAUAAUGCACAGUCCACCCCAUCAGGAUUCGUUUCAACCACUCGAGAACAUAACCAUGCAGAACUCGCGCAUUAUGGCCACCCUCAGGCAUUUAACCAUACUACAGAGUUCAAAGCUUCACAUUUGUGUAGGCAGGGUCCGCUGCCUCAACUGUCCCACUCCCACCCCACACACCAUGGUUUCAGCCUUCCACCUCUCCACAUGUACACACCUGGAUCUAUGUACUUGAGUCACCCUGCCCCCAUGCUUCAUUCUACCUCGACUCGUGUUGGUCCUCACUCUACACCUCGACUUGACGAAAAACCAGCCCCAUCUGAUGAUGAGUUGGAACAACCAUUACUCCCGCCUCCAGCUAAAGGCAAAAAAUGUGCAUCAGCACCAUCAGGACAAGUGUCAAAGCCUCUUGCCAAGAAGGAGAAAACCGAGGUGCAGUCGAAAGUUGGCAAGGGCAAGGGGAUGGCUAAGCCCAAGCUGGAGCCUGACGGCAGCGAGGCCCGAAAAAAGGGAUGCAAAGCUGGUGCCACAGGCUACUCCAUUCAAGAAGUUGAGCAUCUUCUCAAGGAGAUCAAUAGGUGUAUCCCGCUUAGUGGUAAAGCAUGGGAUGCUGUUACUGUCAGUUAUAAUGUAUGGGCUCAACGUAAUUGUGUUUCUGAGCACUCGACUAAAGCUAUUCGAGCAAAGUAUGAUGCGAUCACUCGUAUUGAAAACCCAACUGGUGAUGCCACCAUUUCUCUCAAGGCAGGCACUAUUGCCUUGGAUGACUCAGAGUGGGACGAUGGGGCCAGUGAUGGCAAAAGUGAUAUGGAGGUGAAAGAUGUUGUUGAAAUCUCCACCGAUGAUGACGAAGAACCGAAAAGUGUCAAAUCCAAGCACGCUGGCCCAAAGAAAUCUGUUGUCAAGGCCUUUCAUGCAAAUCCUUUGCUUGAACCUGGCCUUCGACGUCCACGCACUACUGCUGCCUCAGAGGCACUCUCUUCACUCACAUCAGUCUUUAACCCUACAGUCAUGAAGGACUGCGACGAGAGCCAACUGUCACAGAUGGUUCAAUUUAACCAGAUCAACACCUUGCAGACUGAACUUCCCGAGGCUCAUCUGCGAAUUGAAGGUCUCAAUAACCGCCUGUUACAAGAGGCUCGCCAUGCUGACCGUGCUGAGAGCCAGGUCGAAAUGCUCAAGUAUAUGCUGUCAUCAUGCGAUGAUUCACAGCCUUAUCAUUCUCCUUCACGGUCUCACUAUUCUCCACCUCGACAGCAGGCCCAUACUGAUGAUUCACGGCCUUUUCGUACCCCUACCCCUUCACGGUCUCACUAUUCUCCACCUCGACGGCGUCCUUACCAUCACCAUCACUCUUCUCCUUCUCGUUGUUCCCCUCAAUGGACACCCACAUCUCCAACACUCAAGCACCAUGUCAACUGGCGGUUGAAUGCCAAGAGUGUUACAGUAACAUGGCAUGAGUCCCCUGCCAGCAGACAGCCCUCUGCCACCGCACGGCUAUAG